CCCAGCCCCAAAUAAUUAACUGGCCAAGCUGCUCGUCAAUGGCAGCCCUUGCAAUGCAAGUGCUACCACUUUUAGCUCUGGUUUGUAUGUUCUUCCACCUCGGAGAAGGCCAGCUCUCGCAAAACUUCUACAAUUCUACGUGCCCAAACGUCGAACAAAUUGUUCGAAAUGCUGUCAAUGCAAAGUUCAGUCAGACAUUCGUUACUGUUCCAGCAACUCUGAGGCUGUUCUUCCAUGAUUGCUUUGUUCAAGGAUGUGAUGCUUCGGUUAUGAUUGCGUUGGCGAGUGGUGACGCCGAGAAGGACGCGACGGACAAUCUGUCGUUGGCCGGCGAUGGUUUUGAUACUGUGGUUAAGGCAAAGCAAGCCGUGGAAGCUGUGUGUCCCGGAAAAGUCUCAUGUGCUGAUAUAUUGGCCAUUGCUGCUAGGGACGUGGUGGUUCUGGCGGGAGGCCCAAAUUUCGCGGUGGAAUUGGGGCGGCGUGAUGGGCUAAUCUCGAAGGCAUCUCUGGUGGUCGGAAACCUGCCGGGACCGACGUUCAACCUGAGCCAGCUAAACGCCAUGUUCGCCAAAAACGGCCUAACCCAAACCGACAUGAUAGCUCUGUCGGGAGCCCACACGGUCGGGUUCUCCCACUGCAGCCGCUUCGCCGACCGCCUCUACGCCUUCUCCCCGUCGUCGCCGGUGGACCCGUCUCUGGACCCAAACUACGCCAAGCAGCUCAUGAAAUCUUGCCCCCAAGACGUGGACCCCAGAGUAGCCGUGGACAUGGAUCCCGUAACCCCUCAGAAACUGGACAACAUUUAUUAUCAGAAUCUGGUGAACCACAAGGGCCUGUUCACGUCGGACCAGGUUCUGUUCACCGAUCCCUUGUCGCAGCCCACCGUUAAUGGCUUCGCCACGGAUCGCAGUAGUUUCAAUAAAGCAUUUGCCGCCGCCAUGGUCAGGCUUGGGAGGGUGGGCGUUAAGACUGGUAUUUCGGGUCAGAUUAGAACAGACUGCACCGCCUACAAUUCUUAACACAAAAACCAUAUAUAUCAAUUAUACGCCUGCUGGUUCUUUUCAA